ACCUUACCGUCCGUGUCGCAAAAACCCUGGACCUGCGUUUCUUCUGUUUGGCUCUCUCAGGACGGCAGCCAAAACCCUAGAAGCCCCGACAUGGGUAAGGUCAAGGGAAAGCAUCGUCUUGAUAAGUAUUAUCGCCUCGCUAAGGAGCAAGGUUACCGAUCUCGUGCUUCAUGGAAGCUUGCUCAGCUCGAUACCAAGUUCUCUUUCCUCCGCUCCGCCCAUGGCGUGCUCGAUCUCUGCGCCGCUCCCGGUGGUUGGAUGCAGGUCGCCGUUCAGCGUGUCCCCGUUGGCAGUCUCGUCCUCGGGAUCGAUCUCGUUCCGGUUGCUCCGAUUCGUGGGGCUGUGGCGAUCGAGCAGGAUAUCACGAAGCCCGAGUGCAGGUCUAAGAUCAAGCAGGUGAUGGAGAGGAAUGGUGUUAGGGCUUUCGAUUUGGUUCUGCACGAUGGGUCGCCCAAUGUCGGUGGUGCGUGGGAUCAGGAAGCCAUGAGCCAAAACGCUUUGGUUAUUGAUUCCGUGAAGUUGGCUACCGAGUUCUUGUCUCCGAAAGGGACUUUUGUUACCAAGGUUUUCAGAUCACGGGACUAUAACUCUGUGCUCUUCUGUCUUAAGCAGCUGUUUGAGAAAGUUGAAGUGUUUAAACCACCAGCUAGUCGUUCAGCUUCUGCAGAAACAUAUCUUCUGGGUCUGAAGUAUAAAGCUCCUGCCAAGAUUGACCCUCGUCUUCUUGAUGUCAGGCAUCUCUUCCAGGGUGCAGUAGAACCAAGAAAGGUUGUGGAUGUGCUUAGAGUGAAUAAACAGAAAAGACACCGUGAUGGGUACGAAGAGGGAGAGUCAAUUGUGAGGAAAGUUGCAUCAGCGGCUGAUUUCAUCUGGUCUGAAAAUCCUUUAGAGAUUCUUGGUUCUGUCACUACUAUAUCCUUUGAUGAUCAAGCUUCUUUACCUAUUAAAGACCAUGACUUGACAACAGAAGAGGUUAAAAUUCUUUGUGAUGAUCUACCUGUUUUGGGGAAGAAUGACUUCAAACAUCUCCUAAAGUGGCGAAUGCAACUCCGGAAGAGUCUAUCUCCUUCACGGAAGGAAAGUUCUAAGAAAGAUCCUGACGCUGGAAAGGAGGAUGAGAAUGGCGGCGAUGAUAAACUUCUCAAUGAAUUGGAGGAGUUGACAAAUGCGACAGACCGCAAGAAGAAACGAGAGAAGAAGCUCCUUGCAAAACGGCGAGCCAAGGAUAAGUUGCGGAAGGCGACAGGUGCUCAGGUAGAUGUCCUUGAAGAUGGUUAUACGGACCAUGAAUUGUUCUCUCUUUCUUCUAUCAAGGGGAAGAAAGACCUUGUGGCAGUUGACAAUCACGAAGAUGGUGACGGUGAUGGUAAUGGCAAUGAUAGUGAUAACGGAGAACAUGGUGAUGGAGCUUCAGGUGACUCUGACAGUGAUAUUGACUCUGAUGAAGAACGCCAGAGUUACAGUCAACAAAUGGAAGAAAUCUUUGAUGAGGCCUAUGACCGGUAUAUGUCUAAAAAGGAAGGGAGUGCUAAGCAACGGAAGAGGGCUAGGCAAGCCUAUGCUGAAAAACUGGAGGAGGAUGGUGAUGGUGAUGAAGAGAUCCAAUCUGAUUAUGAUUCGGAUAAGAACGAGGGCAAUGAUGAGGCAAACCCUCUGGUGGUACCUCUCGAUGAUGGGGAAGCAGCAACACAGGAGGAGAUUGCCAACAAAUGGUUCAGCCAGGAUAUCUUCGCCGAAGCUGUGGAGGAAGGAGACUUGGGACAAGACGACAGCCAAGACCAAAUGCAGAUCGAGAAACCGAACAAAAAUCAGUCUAAAGCUGACAAGUCAAAGGAGACGAAGCUGAAAUCAAGCACGGGCUCUGAUCAGACCCAGCCCAAGAGCACCAAGAACGAAGACGAUUUUGAGAUAGUACCCACCCCAGCCACGGAUUCAAGCUCUGACUCAUCCUCUGACGAGUCUGACGAAGAAGACAUCAACGCAAAAGCUGAGAUAUUGGCAUAUGCCAAGAAAAUGCUUAGGAAGAAGCAGAGAGAACAAAUGCUUGACGAUGCCUAUAACAAGUACAUGUUUGAUGACGAGGGUUUACCCAAGUGGUUUGUGGAUGACGAGAAGCGGCACAGGCAGCAAAUAAAACCCAUUACCAAAGAGGAGGUUGCAGCAAUGAGAGCUCAAUUCAAAGAGAUUAACGCUCGUCCUGCUAAGAAAGUGGCCGAGGCCAAGGCAAGGAAGAAGCGAGCAGCCAUGAGAAGGCUCGAGAAGGUGCGUAAGAAGGCAAACAGUAUAUCGGACCAAGCGGAUAUUUCAGACCGUUCAAAGGGGAAGAUGAUUGAACAGCUAUACAAGAAAGCCGAGCCUAAGAAGCCUAAGAAGGAAUACGUGGUGGCGAAGAAGGGAGUCGGGGUUAAGGUUGGGAAGGGUCAAGUGAGAGUCGAUAGGAGGAUGAAGAAGGACACGAGGGCUAGGGGGACGGGAAAACCCGGCAAGAAGGGGAAGAAAGUCAGCGGCGACAAGAGGCAGAAAGGGAAAGUAUCUGCCGGAAAGAAGGGGAAGAGAGCCAUGUAAAAGCGCACGUGCGCAUUAGGACACCACUGUUCUUGAUCCGAGGAAGAAGCCUGAGUUGGUAGGAACAGCUUUUGUUCUCUUUUAACUUUGAGCUAAUUCACAUUAUACCAAUUUUGAUGAACAACCAGACAAAUGUGCUGUUGUUUUGGUUAGAAUGGUCAUGGAGCCUUCAGCCAUGUAAUUUUAUGUACUCUCUUCCCUUUCGAGGAAUGUUCAUGUUUUUUUAGAGAGUAGAAACC